AUACCCCCCUUUCUCACUUGCUCCUGGUCGCACUGAUUUUAUUUUUGAAAGCCUAGCUAGACUUAAGUCACCCUCCACCUCAAUUUAAACCUGCUACUUUUUUUAUUUAUGCUUUUUUUUAUUAUUAUUUUUUAGCGUUACACUUGUCCGGUCAUUUGAUCUUUGCUUGCCUCCUCUGUUGCUAAACCUUGAUAACCUGGCUCUCGCAAAAGAUAUAUAAUAUAUAUAUUAUUUUUUUUUUUUUGUCCAUUGCCUUUUUUGCUCAUGGCUACUCUGUUUCUCGCUAUCUAUUUUUGCCCCUCCCCGCCUAGAGGGAAAUAGCAACAAGAAAAAAAGAGAGAAAUAAGAGAAUAUUAGGGGAAGUAGUCCUCAGGUCUGCUGCCCCCCCCUUCCCCCGGCACCCCCCCCCUCGCCGCCAAAAAAAGGGGGGGGGCACCUAGAAAACAUCAGUCUUGAACUUCUUCCUCUUCAAGAGCCCGGGCUGCAAAGGAACCCUCCUUUGUUUUUGUUAUUUAUGUGCUGUCAAGUUUUGAAGUGGUCACAGGGAAAGCUUGGCCUGGAUUGCGAGAGCCAUAUGGAACGGAUAAGUGCGGAGCCGCUCUCAAAAUGUGAUCUUUAGAGGCGGGACUGAGUAUGGAUCAUUUGAACGAGGCAACUCAGGGGAAAGAACAUUCAGAAAUGUCUAACAAUGUAAGCGAUCCGAAGGGUCCACCAGCCAAAAUUGCGCGCUUGGAACAGAAUGGGAGCCCAUUAGGAAGAGGAAGACUUGGAAGUACAGGAACUAAAAUGCAAGGAGUGCCUUUAAAACACUCUGGACACCUGAUGAAAACUAAUAUUAGAAAAGGAAGUAUGCUUCCAGUUUUCUGUGUAGUGGAACAUUAUGAAAAUGCCAUUGAGUAUGAUUCUAAGGAGGAGCAUGCAGAAUUUGUGUUGGUGAGGAAGGAUAUGCUUUUCAACCAACUGAUUGAAAUGGCAUUGCUCUCACUUGGAUAUUCUCACAGCUCUGCUGCCCAAGCAAAAGGGCUAAUCCAGGUCGGGAAGUGGAAUCCAGUUCCCCUCUCCUACGUGACGGAUGCCCCCGAUGCCACAGUAGCAGACAUGCUGCAGGAUGUGUACCAUGUGGUCACACUGAAAAUCCAGCUACACAGUUGCCCUAAACUAGAAGACUUGCCUCCUGAACAAUGGUCUCACACAACAGUAAGAAAUGCUCUGAAGGACUUACUGAAGGAUAUGAACCAGAGUUCAUUGGCCAAGGAAUGUCCCCUUUCACAGAGUAUGAUUUCUUCCAUUGUGAACAGCACUUACUAUGCAAAUGUCUCAGCAGCAAAAUGUCAGGAAUUUGGAAGGUGGUAUAAACAUUUCAAGAAGGCAAAAGAUAUGAUGGUUGAGAUGGAUAGCCUUUCUGAACUAUCCCAACAAGGUGCCAACCAUGUCAACUUCGGUCAGCAGCCAGUCCCAGGGAACACAGCCGAACAGCCUCCAUCCCCUGUUCAGCUUUCUCAUGGUAGUCAACCAUCCGUUCGGACCCCGCUCCCAAACCUGCACCCUGGACUUGUAUCUACUCCCAUUAGCCCUCAGCUGGUCAAUCAGCAGCUGGUAAUGGCCCAGUUGCUGAACCAGCAGUAUGCAGUGAACAGACUUCUAGCCCAGCAGUCCUUAAACCAACAGUACUUGAACCACCCUCCUCCUGUCAGUAGAUCCAUGAACAAGCCGUUGGAGCAGCAGGUCUCAACAAACACAGAGGUGUCUUCCGAAAUCUACCAGUGGGUCCGCGACGAACUGAAACGAGCAGGAAUCUCACAGGCAGUAUUUGCACGUGUGGCUUUUAACCGAACUCAGGGCUUGCUCUCAGAAAUCCUCCGCAAGGAAGAGGAUCCCAAGACUGCCUCGCAGUCCUUGCUGGUAAACCUUCGGGCUAUGCAGAACUUCUUGCAGCUGCCGGAAGCCGAACGAGAUCGAAUUUACCAGGACGAAAGGGAAAGGAGCCUGAACGCAGCCUCUGCCAUGGGCCCAGCGCCUCUCAUCAGCACGCCGCCGAGCCGUCCUCCGCAAGUCAAAACUGCUACUAUUGCUACAGAGAGGAAUGGAAAAACAGAAAAUAACUCCAUGAACAUUAAUGCUUCCAUUUAUGAUGAGAUUCAGCAGGAAAUGAAGAGAGCUAAGGUGUCUCAAGCACUGUUCGCAAAGGUUGCAGCAACCAAAAGCCAGGGGUGGCUCUGUGAGCUGUUACGUUGGAAAGAAGAUCCCUCACCAGAGAACAGGACCCUCUGGGAGAAUCUCUCCAUGAUCCGAAGGUUCCUCAGUCUUCCUCAGCCUGAACGAGAUGCCAUUUAUGAACAAGAAAGCAAUGCAGUUCAUCACCAUGGUGACAGGCCUUCCCACAUUAUCCAUGUUCCAGCAGAACAGAUUCAGCAGCAGCAGCAGCAACAGCAGCAGCAGCAACAGCAGCAGCAACAGCAACAGCAGCCAGGUCCCAGGCUACCCCCAAGGCAACCGACAGUAGCAUCACCAGCUGAAUCUGAGGAUGAAAAUCGCCAGAAACCGCGGCCGCGAACAAAGAUUUCCGUGGAAGCCCUCGGGAUCCUACAGAGCUUCAUACAAGACGUAGGCCUGUAUCCAGAUGAAGAAGCAAUCCAGACUCUCUCCGCCCAGCUUGACCUACCCAAGUACACCAUUAUCAAGUUCUUUCAGAACCAGCGAUACUAUCUCAAGCACCACGGGAAGCUGAAGGACAAUUCUGGGUUGGAGGUGGAUGUGGCAGAAUACAAGGAGGAAGAGUUGCUCAAGGAUUUAGAAGACAGCAUCCAAGACAAAAAUGCAAACACGCUUUUCUCAGUUAAAUUAGAAGAAGAAUUAUCGGUAGAAGGGAACACAGAGAUUAAUGCAGAAUUAAAAGACUGAUCUGAAAGUAUUAUUUUCAUUCAACAGUGCCACUGGUAUUUAGUAAUGAAAUGAAAAUUCCAUCUUGCGUUCUGUCAAAAACCUUUAUUAUUCAUUGUUUGGCCAAUGAAUCUUCCAAAACUUGCACAAAAAUUGAAAAAAAGGAUAAUGCAGACUGCACUAGAUGUUUUACUCUGUUUUACAAACUGCUUCGCAGCAACAGAUGAAGCGUUGAGGAUUGUUUGAUAUUAAUUUGUGUUCACUGGAUACACUGUGAGUGUACCCAAUAAGCAUGAUACCAGUGAUUUUGAUUCUGGAGCCUUCAGACAAGCAUUACAACUUUUGUGAUUUACUGUUUUUUGUUUCUGUUUCGUUCCUKUUUUUUAAUUAUUACUGUAGCACUCCACACUUGAUCUUUGGAAACUCACAUUUAUUUAAAAAAAUAAAAUAAAAAGAGUUUGUUACUCUUGUUCUAUUGUAUGUUACAAAAGAACUAUAGACUGUGGAAUGCAGUUUAAAGAUAACAUAUGCCAACAAAUGCCUUGUAUUAUAUGGCACUGCCGUAAUUCAGAUUUGUUUUCUUUUGGAAAUAAAGGUCACUGUAUUUUUUUUCCAUUCUCAUUGUUACAUGGUUUUAAAGAAAAUGAAAAAGAAAAUGUGAAACACAAUUUAGUCCUCAUUAUUUAUUUGUAGAACCUGCAGCAUCAUGUUGUAAUUAAUUUUUUUGGAAGUUUCCGUUAAAUGUAAUAUUGCUUCUCUUGUUAUCAUACUGAUUUUUUUUCUAUUUAUAAAUGUAUUUUGAUGGGCAGUAAAACAAAGUGUCUUAAAAGUUUUAAAUAGAGAAAAUGUGCUUUACACAGUUGCCUAUAAAAAGUGCUCUAUGUUAUCCAAGCAAUUCAUACUAUAAGCUUCACUCUUAUUGU